AUGCCUCGUGUAGCUAUAAUCGGAGCGGGAGUAGUUGGUUUGUCUACUGCUCUUUGCAUUAAGUUGCAACAUCCUUCAUUAGGAUUAACAAUCAUCGCUGAUCGUUUUCUGGAAGAUACGACUAGCGACGGUGCCGGUGGUCUCUUUCGACCAGAUGAUCGAUUCGUUCUCGGUGUUGAUCUGUCGACUUUAAGAAAAUGGUCUCAGACAUCAUUCGAGCAUUUUAAUAAUAUUAUUUUUUCAAAUAUUGGUGCCGAAGCAGGCAUUGCUCAAGUAUCUGGUUAUCAAUUGUUCAACGAACCACGACCUGAUCCAUCCUACCAAAAUAUCAUCUAUAAUUUCCGUCAUUUAAGCAAAGAUGAACUAGCUACGUUUCCUGAUCAUUACAAAUAUGGCUAUUUCACCACGACUUUGUAUGUUGAUACACGCCGCUAUAUGAAAUAUUUAACUAAAAUAUUGGCGGAAAAACAAGUCACAUUUGUUCAGAAGAAGAUUAAUUCCAUCGAAGAGUUAGUGGAUAGUUAUGAUAUCGUUGUCAACUGCACGGGCUAUGGAGCUAGAGAACUAUGUCGUGACGAACUCAUUCAUCCAAUACGUGGACAAAUGAUCCGCGUUCGAGCACCAUGGAUAAAGCAUUUCUAUUAUACGGAUGAUAAUUGUUAUAUGAUUCCAAAUUAUGAUACCAUUGUUCUUGGUGGUACUCGUCAAGUCGAUAAUGAUAAUACGCAAGUUGAUUUAAAUGACAAAGAAGGUAUUUGGCAACGUUGCCUUCGAUUAUGUCCUAGCUUAGCACAAGCAGAAAUUUUAUGGCACUGGGCUGGACUUCGACCGAAUCGAGAACCUAUUCGUGUCGAAACUGAAACCAUCAAACACGACAAUAAACAACUCUUUAUCGUUCAUAAUUACGGUCAUGGUGGCAAUGGUAUUUCACUGUCAUGGGGCACCGCCGUCGAUGCAACGCGUCUGUUCUCUUCCUAUUUGAAUGCAAUCAGUACUGCAGAUAAACAACUAUCGUCUAAGCUAUGA